CAGCCGCCAUGAUGCCUCCAAUCAGAGGACGGACAGGAAGUCUGGACCUGCUGCACUUCCUGUUGGGUGUGCUCCUGGUUGAAGGAGGAGUCUGUCUGGAGCUUCUUCCUUCAGCGUCUGAAGUUCUUCUGAACUCAAACUCCAACUACACUGUGGUGUGUUCGGGCUGGAGUCAGGUGACCUGGCGGUUCCCUCAGGACUUCCAGGUGGGCGGGGUCAGUGUGGAGAGCCAGGGCUCCAGCAGCGCCCUGCAGCUCCUGAACGCCACCUGGAUGAACUCUGGGAGAUACACCUGUGAGGAAGAGUUCUCUGACCAGAGCCGAGAGGUCGACAUAUUCAUACCUGGACAAGGUCCAGAGGAAUGGUUCGUUCCGCCCGGUCCAGGUGUGGUGAUGAAGGAGGGGGAGGAGGGUACCAUCCCCUGCGUGGUGUCCGACCCGCAGCUCCUCGUCAGGCUGUACGAGGGCCGAGGCCGAACGCUGGUUACCGGGGCAACGUACGAGCCGGGCCGCGGCUUCACGGGUCGUCUCAACGACACGUCGUACGUGUGUGAAGCGUCACGCGGUGCCGAAGAGACUCAGUCACAAGUCUACUACGUCUACAGCAUCAUAGUGCCUCAGCAGAUGGAGGUGGAGCUGACGGUGUCGGGUCGGGUCUUGAAGCAGGGUGAAGCUCUGACAGUAAACUGCACCGUCUCAGAUACAGACAUGGUCUUCUUCACCUGGAACUUCCCCCGCAGACAGGAAAUUGACCCUCUGACAGACUUCCUGCCCAAUCGAAUCCGCUCCUUCGUUAACAUCUCCUCAGCAACACUGGCAGACUCUGGUGUUUAUGUGUGUUCGGUACAGGAAACAAUGCAGGGACAGACUGUGGAGAAAAAUAUCAGUGUUACUGUACUGGAUCGGGGUUAUGUGUACCUGAGGUCAGGUGACACUAACGUGUCGUCUCUCCUGCAUCACACGGUGGAGCUCAGUGUGGAGGUGGACGCUCACCCCCCCCCCACUGUCCUCUGGACCAGACACAACACGUCUGUCGCCACGGAAACCACCUCCAUCACCACCACACACCUGAGAGACAGCAGGUAUGUGAGCACAGUGACGCUGGUUCGAGUCCAGAUGGAUCAAACAGGAAGUUACACAGCAACCGUUUCCAACGACGACGACAUUGCAGAGGUCGUCUUCUACCUGGAGGUCAAAGCCCCCCCCAGGAUCACGUCUCUGUCACAGCUCGGCAGUAAGUCGGUGCUGUGUGUCAGUGAGGGAGCCCCGCCCCCAUCGGUCACCUGGUACACCUGUCAUAGCUCACACAGGUGCCAUAACAUGACGGGCAGCUGGACGAGCCAAUCAGGAGCCUCUGGGGGUUUGUCUGUGCAGGAGAACAUCACUGAGGUGGAGGACAGAGGCGUCACCAAGGUAAACAGUGUUCUGACUCUGCAGAGUCUCAGUUCUCUGUCAGCUGUUCGCUGUGAAGCCAAAAACUCUGCAGGACGCCGAGUCAGAGACCUGCGGAUACUAUCCUCCUCUCUCUUGUCUCAGGUCGUAGUCUUGGCAGCAGUUCUGGUUCUGGUUGUCAUCGCGAUUAUCUUCCUCAUCAUCCUCAUCGUCCUCUGGAGAAAAAAACCUCGUUAUGAAGUUCGUUGGAAGGUGAUCGAGUCUGUGAGUCCCGAUGGUCAACAGUACACUUACAUCGACCCCACGAGCCUUCCUUACAACUCCACCUGGGAGGUACCCCGAGAACACGUAGUACUAGGUCAGGUGUUGGGUUCAGGUGCUUUUGGUCGUGUUGUCGAGGCGACGGUCUCUGAUCUGCUUCACUCUCACUCGAUGACUAAAGUUGCUGUGAAGAUGGUCAAACAAAACAGUGGUGCAGUUCAGUCUCUGAUGUCAGAGUUGAAGGUUUUGGUUCAUCUCGGUCCUCAUCUGAAUGUUGUCAACCUACUGGGAGCGUGCACUAGAGGAGGUCCUGUCUAUCUGAUCACAGAGUUCUGUCGUCAUGGAGACCUGGUGAACUACCUGCAGCGGAACAAACACACCUUCCUACAGAGUGACACACACACCAAGAGCGAUGCUGACGGAGGUUACAUGGACAUGAAUAAAGAGGAGAACGCUCAGUACGUGGCCAUGAAGGAGCUCAGCUACGCCGACAUCGAACCUGCGGUGUACGAGACGCCGUACAAACCGUCAGACCAGCAGGAGGCGCUGUCUGUCCUCCUCAGUGACUCUCCUCUCCUCAGCCUCAACGACCUCCUCAGCUUCUCCUACCAGAUCUCUCAGGCCAUGGACUUCCUCUCCUCCAGAAAUUGCGUCCACAGGGACUUGGCAGCGAGGAACGUUCUGGUCUGUGAGGGGAAGCUGGUGAAGGUCUGUGACUUCGGUUUGGCCCGAGACCUGCAGAAGGACCAGGACUACGUCGCCAGGGGCAACAGCUUCCUGCCGGUGAAGUGGAUGUCUCCUGAGAGCAUCUUCCAGAACAUCUACAGCUCUCAGAGCGACGUCUGGUCCUACGGAGUCCUGCUGUGGGAGAUCUUCUCUCUCGGUGGGAGCCCGUACCCUGACCUCCCUAUGACCCAGGAGUUUUACUGCGCUCUGAAGAGAGGAUACCGUAUGAACAGACCCGAACACGCUCCACACAACAUCUUCGAUGUGAUGUCACAGUGCUGGGAGGAGAAACCUCAGGACAGACCUGCUUUCUCCUCAUUGGUCGUCUCCAUCGGCAACAUGCUGACGGACGACUACAGGAAGCGCUUCCUGCAGCUGACGGAGGACUUCCUGCGGGGAGAGACUCCGGCUGUUGUCGUUCGAUCCAGAGCUGCAGACAUCCAGCUCAACGCAGGAAGUCCCGCCCCCCAGGUGGAAGUUCACCUGUCGGAGGCGGAGCCACAGGAGGCAGGCCCCUCCCACGGCACUUACAUCAUCCCCAUCACUGACAUCACCAUAGAAACCAGCGGUGAUGCUGCGCUGGACGCAGUCAGCCCUCAGCUGUCAGACUCCCAGGAUACUCCUGGAGCACAGGAAGUGACAUCAUCAGCAGACAGACGGGAGGAUGAGGAGGGUGAGGCGUCAUGCAGCCGUGAUGAAGAUGAGAGCCGCCGUGAUGAAGAUGAGAGCCGCCGUGAUGAAGAUGAGAGCAGCCUGUGAGGAAGAGCGGAGGGUGAAACAGUUUGUACAGCAGAUUCUGAAUCAGAUUAUAACUUUAUAAUAUUCACCUUUAUAUUCUUCAUUACUCUGAAUGAUUCUGCAGUGUGUGUAUAUCUGCUUUAUAUCAGAUAUGUUUAAUAACAGUUAUAUAUAUGUUAUAUAUGUUAUAUAUAUGUUAUAUAUAUGUUAUAUCAGUGUAUCUGCAGCUU